AUGCCAUUGCUACACUCUGAAGCCGGCGUGCGAACACCAUCACCACGGUUCGCGAGGUUUUCCAACGGACGUAUCGUGCGAGGCAACCAACUGAUCUCUGAAACCUUGUGGAUCGAUACAGAUUCUGGUCGUGUGUGUGAGCCACCAUCGAAUCCUGACAGCAACGAGGAUGUCGACGUUGUAGAUCUCCAAGGCAAGAUCCUGGCCCCCGGCUUCAUUGACAUUCAAAUCAAUGGGGCGUUCGGCUUCGAUUUCUCAGACUCUAGUUGCGUCACUGCGCCUCAGAAGUUCCAGAAAGGACUCCACGACCUUAACCAGAGAUUGCUGGAGACGGGGACCACGAGCUAUCUUCCGACCAUGACAAGUCAGUUCGCGAAGACUUACCAUCACGCGCUGCCGUUUCUCAGGCCCACAGGGUCAGAUCGAGAUCCCUCUAAAGGCGCUGAGAGCUUAGGGGCUCAUUGCGAAGGCCCAUUCUUUGCACACACGCAAAAGGGUUGUCACAGUCCAGAAGCCAUCCUCGCAUACAAAACCAGCGAGCCAGAGCUCCUCAAGGGAGUAUAUGGAGAGGUGAACCUUCUCACAACUGAAGUAAAUCCAGCUGGACACGUGAGAAUGAUCACCCUUGCACCAGAGCGUGCUGGCGCUCUUGACUCCAUCAAGACCUUCAGCGAACAGGGCAUCAUCAUGAGCAUCGGCCACACCGCUGCAACAUACGCUGAGGCGGUCAAAGGCGUCCAGGCUGGAGCGAAGACGGUGACCCACUUGUACAACGCAAUGAACCAGCUGCACCAUCGAGAGCCAGGGAUCUUCGGAUUGAUCGCCUCCUCCAAGGAUCGUGUCUUUGACCAACGAACAGAUCUCGCCGACGACGGUCGUCCAUACUUUGGCAUCAUCGCAGACGGCAUCCAUUUGCACCCGUCUAGUCUCCGCCUGGCGUACAAUGCUCAUCCUGAAGGACUGAUCCUAAUCACAGAUGCGGUGAUGUUCAUGGGGAUGGAAGACGGCACAUACGAGUGGACGAAUGGGCAAAGGACUGUGAAACAGGGGCUGACUUUGCAACUGGAGGGAACGAAGACCCUCGCGGGCAGCGCGAUUGACCUUCUGAGUUGCGUCAACAACUUGCUUCGAUGGGCUGGAUGCUCUGUGCCAGAGGCUUUGCGGGCUGUCACUACAACUCCUGCGACUUUGCUAGGACUUCAAGGGAUCAAGGGAAGCACAGAGCCAGGUGCCGAUGCAGAUUUAGUGGUUUCGACUGAGAAAAGAGACGCACGAGGACUCACGACUUUGCAAGUUAGCGAGGUGUGGAAGUUUGGCAAACGUGUUCAUGUGUGCGGGAGGAAGUGA